ACGGCUCUGCUCCUGCAUCUCCUCCUGGGCUCAUGUUCAGCCUACACUUACCAAAACGUGGCCAUACGUGGUAAAGCAACCCAGUCAACCCAGUAUCUCCAUGUAUCCCAGGCUGACAGUGCAUAUGCAAUGGCCAGCAACGCCAUCGAUGGAAACCGGGAUCAUAACUUCAACUCUGGAUCAUGUACCCACACUUCCACACAGACCAACCCCUGGUGGAGAGUAGACCUGCUGGAGUCCUACAUUGUCAUCGCCCUCAUCAUCACCAACAGAGGAGACUGCUGUGCAGAGAGACUCAACGGGGCCCAGAUUCACAUUGGAAACUCUUUAGAUCACAAUGGAGUAGCAAACCCACUGGUUGCAGUGAUCCCUCAUAUUGCAGCUGGAAGGUCUUCAAAAAUUACCUUAGCCAAACCUGUGGAGGGACGUUAUGUGACUGUGACUCUGACAGGACAUGGAAAGAUCCUUACCCUCUGUGAAGUGGAAGUGUACGGAUACCGUGCACCAACAGGAGAGAAUCUGGCACUACAGGGAAAAGCUUCACAGUCAUCUCUAUAUUCCACUGGCUCUGCAUAUCUCGCCAUAGAUGGGAAUCGUGCCAGCCAAUGGAUCCAGGGCUCCUGUUCUCACACAGGCAGUGAUAAUACCCCCUGGUGGCGACUGGACCUGGGCAAAACCCAUAAAGUGUUUUCUGUUAACAUAACCAACUACAGCAAUUAUCCCAUGCGGAUUAACGGAGCCGAGAUCCGCAUCGGAGAGUCCCUUGACAACAAUGGCAACAACAAUCCCAGGUGUGCCGUGAUCCAGAGCAUGCCUGGAGGUUUCACUGAAAACUUCAACUGUAACGGGAUGGACGGCCGCUACAUUAACGUGGUCGUUCCUGGAAGAAGAGAGUACCUGUCUCUGUGUGAAGUGGAGGUCUUGGGAUCCAGACUGGAUUGCUCUAUAGUUUGUUGUAGUUUUGGACUGGAGACAUUUCAAACAGUAGUAAUGGUCAUUUUAUUGUUGCAAUUUUGUUUUUGCCAGUCUGUAUCAAACAGAACCAUGAAACACAGCACGGCUCUGCUCCUGCAUCUCCUCCUGGGCUCAUGUUCAGCCUACACUUACCAAAACGUGGCCAUACGUGGAAAAGCAACCCAGUCAACCCAGGCUGACGGCGCAUAUUCAAUGGCCGGCAAUGCCAUCGAUGGAAACCGAGAUCAUGACUUGAACUCUGGAUCAUGUACGCACACUUUAUCCCAGACCAACCCCUGGUGGAGAGUAGACCUGCUGGAGUCCUACAUCGUCACCUCCCUCAUCAUCACCAACAGAGGAGACAGUGCUGCAGAGAGACUCGACGGGGCCCAGAUUCACAUUGGAAACUCUUUAGAUCACAAUGGAGUAGCAAACCCGCAGGUUGCAGUAAUCCCUCAUAUUCCAGCUGAAAGGUUUUUAAAAAUUCCCUUAACCAAACUUGUGGAGGGACGUUAUGUGACUGUGACUCUGACUGGACAUGACAAGAUCCUUAGCCUCUGUGAAGUGGAAGUGUACGGAUACCGUGCACCAACAGGUGAGAAUUUGAACCGAGAGAACCUUGCACUCAGAGGAAAAGCCACACAGUCAUCACUUUAUGACAUGUAUGGCAAUGCAUACAAUGCCAUUGAUGGGAAUCGGCACAGUGUCCGGAGUGAUGGGUCCUGCUCUACCACCAGGCAAGAAUUUAGUCCCUGGUGGCGACUGGAUCUGAUAAAAACCCAUAAAGUGUUUUCUGUUAAGAUCUCAAACCGCAGAGAUGGCCGGUACUCCCCACGACUGAACGGAGCAGAGAUUCGUAUUGGAGAUUCUCUUAUCAACAAUGGCAACAGCAAUCCCAGGUGUGCUGUGAUUGAAAACAUGCCGGCGGGUACAACUGCUGAAUUCCAGUGUAAUGGGAUGGAUGGUCGCUAUGUUAACAUUGUUAUCCCUGGUAGACAGGAGCACCUGACCCUGUGUGAGGUGGAGGUUUAUGGCUCUGUCCUGGAUUAG